AUGCGUCGAUUUUUCUCCACGCUCCCGGCACCAGCCGCUAGGUUUUUGGCUCCGCCAGAAAAACCUGCACUGUUGGUCAAGCCGAACCCACUAAUAACAAGCAAGCUCUGCGUCAAGAGGGACCCGGUCACCAGCAGGGCUCCGGUGUCUUGGAAAGAUCUUCCCCAUAUCAGGACCGAUGUUCUUCCCGAAGAAGCGACUGAUAUCCGUGGAAUUGACACCUCAGGUCACCAGGUGCUUUCGCAAAGAAGAGUCAUUGGAAAACUCCCCACGUUACUUUCGUGCAAUCACUUCACACUCACGUUUAUACCUCACAACCACACCAUAUCCAGCCUACGAAAGUCAAAUGUGGCGUACACUUUCACCAACUACGGGAGCCCAAACUUGAACGACCUGAACUUGCUGAAACGUCUCACGGAAUACCGCGGGAAAUACCGCUUUUUAGAAUACUUCAAAAGCGUCCAUAAUCCAAUGGGCACGGCCGUGUCUCGGAGCAGAUUUCGAAAACUUAUAAAGCGAGAAUUGCACCAUGCCCUCCAUCAGAUUAUCCCUAACACCCAAUCCGAGGUCGAGAAAGUCAGUGGAAUCUUCCAUUUUCGCUUCCAUAUGUAUCCCGUGCCUAGAGAAGCAGAUGCCUUGCGCGAAGAAGUGACGAACGCGGUAAGAAGACUAUACACGAAUGAAGGAUUCAGAAGAUCGCUAGCCCUGAUUACUCAACAACAAGUACAGGCUUUUCCCAACGUGUACAUGCUUGUACGGGAUAUAAAAGUCGAAAACGCGAUAGGUGCACAGAGCGCCCCAGGCUACUUCCCCAAACUUCCAUUCUUGAAGCCAAAAACCUAUAGGCCCCGCAAAAUAAGGGCGUAA